GAGCGAGAGGAAGGAAGGAGGGAGGAAGAGAGAGCGUAGCAGAGAUAGAGAUACCAGGAGUGUAAUGGUUUGCACUCCCAUCCAGACAGUCAAGGGAAGGGGAGCCCAGUGGAGAGAGAGAGAGAGAGAGAGAGAGAGAGGAUGAGGAGUAUUCACACACUCUGCUGCAUGGAUGGAUGAGAGAAGGAGGAUCCCACCAUGGACAUGGACAUGAAAACGCUCUUUUGGUCUCCUGUUACUGACUCAAGAAUGGAAAUGUGGAUUACGGCAUGAGCUAAACCAGGCGACCGACCUAGAUUGUCACAGCACUUUGAGGUUGGAGAAGCGGGGGGCGACAGCAUGGUUUUCUGGAACAUCUGUGUUUACCCAGCAUGGUCGCCGGCUAAGAAAGCUUGAAGGACAACAAGCCCCGCUGUGAAAAUCCCAUUCCAUCUGAACUCACGUCCACUUCUCCCCCCACCAGGGAUGACCUUCUCUUGAAUUCCUCCACCAAUCUGGUCCCACACACUCCUCCAUAAGAGAUAAAUUCUGCUAUCACAAGUGUCAUGGUGGUCACACGCCACACUGAUUGGAUGCGCAUGUGCUCCGUUAAUCUGCUGCACUCACGCAAUCUCCUGUGAUUGACUGUUCAAGCAUGUUGAUGGGCAAAGCCGGGAGACCUGUGCUGGAUGUGCAAGUCAUACUGGCUGGAAUUGAGCGUAUGGCUAGAAGAGGACUGUGAAGGUUUGCUCCAUUGGAAGGCACGGACCACUUGUGCAGAGAUUACGAACAUCGUGGAGGCGGAUCAAAAGUCUUGGAAUAAUACAAGCUCAUGGAUAUAACUCUUUUCGUAUUCUUAAACCUGUUUUGGAUCCCAAUGUUUUUGUUGCUUCUUGUCUCUUCCUGGAUGGGAAUAUCAUGAUAUAGUCAAAUAGAAUCACAAGAAUUCUAUAAAGAGACUUUAAGUUGUCGCUUUCUCGUUUAGCUGCAAAACAGUUGACUCUUAUUUGGCUAUGUUUGGAUACGAUGGUCCUCCCGACAGAUUCCACAUGGACUCAAUGGCCUAAUUCCACUACCCUGCCAUUCAAAUGGCAGUGCUGGAGGGGUAUGAAGGGAUAAUGCAUAUCAUCUCCUACCCAAAAGAAGAAGCCACCAUGAGCAACGUCACAGUCACCGACAACACCGAGCCCAUCACCCACACCAUGAGUCCGGCGACCUCCAGCCCAUACAGCUACCCGGUUAGUUUCCAGGUCUCCAUCACGGGAUUCCUCAUGCUGGAAAUCCUCCUGGGCCUGACCUCCAACCUUACUGUACUGGCCCUUUAUUGCAUGAAGUCCAACCUCAUCAGCUCCGUCAGCAACAUCGUCACCAUGAACCUCCAUGUUUUGGAUGUGCUGGUUUGCGUUUGCUGCAUCCCGCUCACCAUUGUUGUAGUCCUGCUCUCGCUGGAGGGGGACACGGGGUUGGUGAGCUGCUUCCACGAGGCCUGCAUCUCUUUCGCCAGCGUCGCCACAGCCGCCAAUGUGCUCGCCAUCACUUUGGACCGCUAUGAUAUCUCCGUGAAACCAGCCAACCGGGUUCUGACUAUGCGAAGAGCCCUGGCACUAAUGGCCUCCAUAUGGGUGCUAUCUUUUGUCAGCUUUUUGGUGCCCUUCAUUGAGGUGGGAUUCUUUGCACAGGGCCAUGCUGAGCUCAACCAGACCCUUGUAGAGGAUACGGUCCACUCGAACCAGUACUACACAGAACUUGGCCUCUAUUACCACCUGUUGGCUCAAAUUCCCAUUUUCUUCUUCACGGCCGUGGUCAUGCUUAUUACCUACUCCAAAAUCCUGCAGGCCCUCAACAUCCGCAUCGGAACGCGCUUCCACACCUCUCAAAAGAAGAAAGUGCGCAGAAAAAAGCGUCCCUCCAUGACGGCGAUGACGACACAGCAGGAGGCCACAGAUGCAUCCCAGAGCAGCAGCAGCCGCAACCCGACGCUGGGAAUGCGCACCUCAGUGUCUGUCAUCAUCGCCUUACGCAGGGCAGUGAAGCGUCACCGGGAAAGGAGGGAGCGCCAGAAAAGAGUUUUCAGGAUGUCCCUUCUGAUUGUCUCCACCUUCCUGCUGUGCUGGACGCCCAUCACAGUGCUCAACACCGUCAUCCUUAGCGUGGGUCCCAGCGACCUGAUGGUCAAGUUGAGACUGGGCUUUCUGGUCAUGGCUUACGGCACCACCAUUUUUCACCCACUACUCUAUGCCUUCACCAGGCAGAAGUUCCAGAAGGUCCUGAAAAGCAAGAUGAAAAAGAGAGUGGUGUCCAUCAUCGAAGCUGACCCCACCCCUAAUAAUGCCAUCAUUCACAACUCCUGGAUUGACCCAAAGAGGAACAAAAAGGUGACAUUUGAGGACAAGGACGCCCAGCAGAAAUGUCUGUCUUCUGAGGAUGUGGAGUGAAGGAGCUGUUUUAGAGCUUGGUGUCAAGAAAAAGCGGCUAUUUUUUUUAAAAAGGGAUAAUAUUCAUCCAAAGCUGUCAUGUAAAUAUGAAGUGCAAUAGAAUUUACAGAAAGCUGGGUAAUUUAUUACUAUUUAUUGAUAGGUUUGAUAGAUAGGAUAUAUACUGUACUGUAGGUAUUGCAUGGCUUUUUGUAACUUACAGCACAUUGUGUACAUACAUGGUACCACUUAGACAGGGAAGUAGUUAUGUAUAUGUAUAUUUAUAAUAAAUUUGCUGUCCUCUCACCUAAAGCAAUUUCCUACUGCCCCCUAUCCCUACAAGUAAAGUGUGUUGUGACUCUCUAACAGCUGUGAGAUUACUGUCAUCCAUCACCUUGCCACUUGCUGUGACACUAAACCCCUACAGACCCUAGAGACCGUUGACCUUAUUGCCUGGGAGCGAGGGUUACACAUGCUGAAAUGAAAUUGUAGGUAUUUGGACACAACACGGACAUAAAACCUGUAGGCAAGAAAGAUUUAUGUGUACUGCUUAACAAGGAUAGGCGCUACAACGGUUGCCUUUUGACUGGUGAAAAUGUCCUUAUCUUGCUUAUUUUAACAAGUAUGUCUCAGAUUGUAGUACAUACUACUUAAAGGGGACCUAUACGGGAAUGGAAUGGAAUGGCCUUUAUUGUCAUUAUACAAGAUGUACAACGAAAUUGGAGAGCUUCUCUUUUCAGUGCAUUAGUCAAGUUUAAAAAACAAAAAAAGUAUAUAAAGUAGAGUAAAAAGACAAUUUAACAAGAUAUAUACAAGAUAUCCAAAAUAUACAGAAAUAUAUAGAAGUUUCAGAUAAUGAGGUUGGCGCAUUUGGAAGAAGGGCUCUCUUCAAAAUGAGCAGAGUGCUUAUUAGUUCUUAAAAGUUCUAUCAAAAGGUGUGGUAAAACUGCCCCUUUGUGAUGUCACAGAGGGGCAGACUUCCUUAUAUGGGCUUAACUGUAAGCCAAAUAAACUCUCUGCCCACCCCCAAGCGCUGCGCUGCUCUGCUCUUUAUUUGCUAG